AUGUCAGUGAAACAGUCGAGCAGCUCCUCAUGUUAUUGGUUCGGUUUGGUUUUGGUCGUGAUGAUCAUGCAGCCCUCGGCGAGCCAAUACUAUGGAUAUCCCUACUACGGUGGGGCUAAUGCGGGAGCAGGAGCGGGAUCGGGAUAUGGCAACAUAUACGGCAGUGGCAUGUACGGAUACCCCUACAACUACGGCGGAUAUCCGUACUACUCAUACCCCGGCUAUAACCCGUACUCAAUGUACGGCGGAUACGGACAGUACGGGUACCCCUAUGGGGGUUAUCCCUAUGGCGGCAACAACAUGAACGUGGCCUACGCCAGCAGCAGUGGAGGAUUCGCAACAGCAAGUGCGGGCGGAAGCGGAUACUACGGCUAA